AUGUCUCGAAACCGACUUGAGGGAUCGAUUCCCAGGGAAAUAGGAAAACUGGUGAAUCUGCAAACUGGGCUGGAUCUGAGUUGGAACAGGCUAUCUGGCUCUCUUCCACCGGCUAUUGGAAAUCUGCUGCUGCUUGAAUCAUUAGACGUCUCAUUCAACCAACUAUCUGGUAAGAUUCCACCUGCUUUCUCAGGCUUGAAACUUCUUUCUAAAUUCAAUUUUUCCUUCAAUCGAUUCGCGGGCCGAAUUCCUCCUCUGAAAGCUUUCUCCGAGGGCGCCGCAAGCGCCUUUUAUGGGAACGAUGCUCUGUGCGGACCACCCACUUCCAAUUCCUGCUUGGAAAGUACUAGUAUUGAUAGUACUAGUAAUAACAAGAGCUUGGGGACUGGCAGCAUAGUUGGAAUUGUUAUUACCGGGUUGGCUACUGUUAUGAUUGUCAUAGUAGGUCUUGUGUAUUACCGGAGCAAGGUAACUGCACAAGAUGAAGAAUUGAACGAAGAGGAGGACACAGUUAAUGGAUCAUUCAGCAAAGUGGAGGUGGAUAUUCCCGGAGGUUAUAGACACAGGAUUACUUAUCAAGAAAUUUUGAACGCCACGGAAGAAUUCAGUGAUAAUUUUCUAAUUGGCUCUGGUAGCUUCGGCAGAGUGUACAAAGUUCUUCUGACCCAAGCCAAGAAUAGUCUGGCAAUCGCUGCGAAGGUCUUAAGACUGCAGGAAGAAGGGAAAAGAAGUUUGAUGCGUGAAAUAGAAGCUUUGAAGUUCGUGCGCCACAGAAACAUUAUGCGACUUCUUGGGUUCGUGUACAGGGGCAGUAUGAACAUGGAUAUUCUGCUCUUCGAAUGCAUGGCAAAAGGUUCUUUGCGAGAGGCACUAAAAUCACAAAGGCUGGGGUGGAAGAUUCGACUGAAUAUAGCUCCACGGGUUCAAAUAGAUCAACCAUAUGUGUCCUAG